AUGACUACUGAAACUCAUUUUCGUCCUUUACUUAACAAUAAAAACCUAUCCUUAUAUGAACCACAUUUAGAAUAUCUCUCAGGCAAAUUAUAUAAAAUUACAGAAAUAUUGCAAACGUUUAAAGUUUCGCGUGUUAAAAGAGGUUUGAUCAAUGGACUAGGAUCUAUUAUAAAAAGUAUAUCAGGUAAUCUUGAUUAUACUGAUGCAAUUAAAUAUGAAAAUAAUCCUGCUCAUACCUUCAAUAAUCAUGAUGAAUGCAUCCACACUCUUAUUACGAAGCAGCAGCUCUUGCCAUCCUGUAAACUUACCUCUAUAUCCCAAAAAUCUGAAGCAUUCGAGCAAUUAGACCAGAAGCACUACAUUCUUAGUUUUCCGAAAUCAACUAAAAUUCAAACAACCUGUGGAAAAUUGCAGUAUAAAACUCUAAAUGGAAGCUAUCUCGCUAUUAUACCUCAAGGCUGUUCCAUCCAGACUCCAGAAUUCACUAUUUCAAAUUCAAAUGAUAUUAUUAAAGGACAACCCUUAAGAAUCUCAGAUAUCGUUCCUGUAAAAGAAAAUCAACCCUCUGAACAUAUUUUAAACUUGAAAUCUAUCAACUUAGAAAAACUUCAUAAAAUAAAUUCAGAAAUUAUGGCGCAACCGAAAAUUGAUUUAAGAAGCUCUCAAGAUUUAUCUAUCUAUCACACUACUAUUCCUGUAUAUCUGAUAUUAAUAAUUGCUAUCAUUAUCUGCAUGACUAUGUUCCUGUAUCAGCGUUUUAGCAAGUUGCAUCCAUCAAUGGAGCACAAAGAGACUCAGAAUCCUGGAGAAGUGUGGGUUGAUCCAUCAAGCAUCCCAGCAACAAUUUUAAGAAAAUAG